AAAUUGUUAAUAUGAUGGAUAGUUUAAAAGCAAGACAGGAUGACUUACAAACGGAAUUGAAGGAGUAUUCUUCUAAUUUAUCAAUUUCUGCUGAAUAUUUUGACAAAAAAAUAAUACAUUUGGUGCGUGAUGUCGAGGGAAAAUUCGAUUCAAUGUUUCUCAAUAUGACCAGCCAUUACAAACAAAAAGUCAAUAUACUUUCCGAUCGUUUGAAUAAGGAGUUCAUUGAUUUUCAAUUGAGUACAGAAGAAUGGAAAAAUAACAUCACCCACACAUCAUCAGACCAAUACAUCUUUGAAGUUUCUUUACAUGGCAAGCACACAGAGCAAAGUUCCAAUUAUUUAUCCAGUUUUCCUGCAAGUAAUGCCAUAGAUGGUCAUCUUUCAACAUUUUCACAUACGUCGCCACAAACCAAUCCAUUCUGGAUUCUUGACCUGGGAACAGUGUAUAAAGUGAAAAUGAUAAAGGUCUUUGCUCGUACGGACUGUUGUGGAAACUACAUUCAUGAUAUGGAUAUCACAGUUGGACCAACGACUAAUAAUAUGACACUGUGCACACAUUAUAAUGGACCUGCUAGCACCAAGGAUCAACUUGUUUUAAAAUGCAAGAAACCUGUAGACGGUCGGUUUGUCAAACUAUCAAUAUCUACAAAAAAUGCUGUGAUGGCACUCGCAGAAGUCAAAGUAUUUGCUUGUGUAUGAAUAUAUAUAAACGUGUAAGGAGAAGCAGUGUCCGAAAAGGCAAAUUCAAUCUGUUCAUAUCAAUAUCACAAUAUAUUCUUUAUAGCUGUAUUAUUAAAAUAUUAAG